AAUCGGAAAAAUAUCUAUUGGCACAGUUGAUAUGGCUUACAGUUACAACUCAUUAUCUAUAUGAGUCAGUUAAUAUAGUCAGUCAGUAAGUACAUAAGCUAUUGUAAUUUUUGACACUGCACAGUUGUUAGUGAGACGCAGCCGCGACAAUAUGGCAGAUAAAUAUUAUGGUUGGGGUGGAAUGCCGCCGCCACACGGCUACCCUUCUGGACCGCCGGGAUCUGGCACCCCCGGUCAUCCUCCACAAACAUAUCCCUACGGCCCGGGAGUUGUGUUCUAUCCCGUCCAUCCGGCAUACUUCUAUCCGCCACAUCACCACCCCCCUUACCCUCCACCCCCUGACUCUGUCCAAGUAGUAGACUCCCCACCAGAGGAACCUGAAUUACCUGGAGAGACGGUCGAGUUACCUUGGAGCACAUACCGUUGGGUCCCAGCAUGUCUGAGCCAGAGAAGCAUCCCCAUGGGAGCUCUGCGCGUGGGCACGGACGUUGAUGGCGACGAGAUCUACGCAGGCAGAGCUCAUCACGAGGGUGACGUCCUCCCUGCAAAAGUCAUUCCCACAAAGAACGCGUGCUAUAUCGCGUACAGUGGCGAAGAAAUCCUAAAGGACCAGUUUGAGGUGCUGGUACCAGCGAUGUUCUCGUGGCAGUUCUCGACGGGCGGCAACGUGCCCCCGGGCGCGGUGGAGGCCGGCAUGACCGCCGACGGCGAGAAGCUCUACUUCGGUAGAGUCACGCACGACGGCUGCACUACUCCUGGCAAGAUUCAUCAGAGCCAUGGCGUCUGCUACUACCCAUUCGACGGUGAAGAGAGGAGCUCGGCCGAAUACGAAUGCCUCGUCCUUUUCUAAAGCCAUCAGUGUAACAAGGAAGUCUGUGUCAUAUCAGGGAUAAUUUAUUUAAGCAAUAAAAUAGUGGACUGUAGCUCCUAAAGCACUCAAUAGUAUGUAUCAAAUAAUUUAACUAAAGGUACUUAUUGCAUUUAUCAAAAUAUGAAAAAAUUAAGUAUUCGAGUAUUUAUUCUUGUCAAUUGAAUAGCAAUACAUUACAGAUGUAGACUACAUGUAGCGUAAGUAAAUAAUAAUUUAAUGUAAAUUGAAUACAUAAUUGAGAAGCAUAAAUUGUUCAAUGUAAACUAAUAAGAUAAGUCUGAAAUAAUUGACUUGAAAUAUAUUUUGCAUACAUUUGU